AUGUCUUCCUCCGCCGCGGUGGAGGAACGCAGGCGGCUCUGCCGAGAAACCAAGCCGAUGGUGUGCUAUCAUGUCGACGGGCUGCCGGCGAAGCGGGGCGGCGAGGAGCUCUACAGAGCGUUGCGAACCGCUGUCGCCGACGGCAACGCUGUGCUUCGCGAGUCGCUCACGAUUCCUCCGCGCGACGCGAGGUCGUGGCGCGUGCCCGCCGGCUGGAUAUGGCGGAUCGUUUGCACCGAGGGGCCGCAAGUGGCAGACAUGAACGUGUGGAACGCACGCGACUCGCGCGAGCGCUUCUACUCGAGCAAGACGCGCCAGAUCCACGCGACGCACCUCACGACCGGCGACCGGCUGUGGUCGAACAUGCCCUUCCUGCGUCCGCUGGCCACCAUCACCGAGGACACCAUCGCGUACGGCUUUGACGAAGACGGCGCGGGCGUGCACGACGUGAUUGGCUCCCGCUGCGACCCGUACACAAACUUUCUGCUGAGUGGCCUGACGGCAAACACGUGCUGCCACUCCAACCUGACGCGGCAGGCGCUGAGGGACGGCCUGGGCGAGACAGAUGUGCACGACGUGCUCAACGUGUUUAUGUGCACCGGCUUCACCCGCGACACGCACCAGUACUUUUCAAAGCCGUCGCCGGUGGUGCCGGGCGACUACCUCGAGCUCCUCGCCGAGACGGACCUGCUGGUCUCCGCCUCCACGUGCCCGCAGGGCGACGUGAGCAUGGCCUGCGGCGCGUGCGGCGAGCCGGACUGCUACCCGCUCGGCGUCGAGGUGUACCAGCCGCGGGCCGGCUGGCUCGAGGAGGCGGGCUGGCAGCCCUCGGAGCCGAGCGCAUACGCUGGCAACCACGGCCUGCCGCGGUCCGCAGCCGAGGCAUAG